AUGGUUGAUGCUGAAAUAUUCGGAGCUAAGCCUAAGAUUUCCCGCACGCCUACCACCUCUUUUUCAAACCCCGCUUAUGAACACCUCGCUACCGAAUCUGAUUUGCCCGACCCAUCGUUGUUAGGCGACAAUUUAUUUGCCGAGUCCGUCCCCGUUAUUUCUCCCCGUAUUUCGGCACAGGCCACACAGCCAACCACAGAUCUUUUCACAGAGCGCUACGGCGAUAUUGACGCCCGUUACGCUGCUGAAUUUCCCGCAGUCACCAAAAAUCCUAUAGCUAAAGCAAAAAAUAGCAUCUCGAGUAGACUACGAUCAAAUCCUACCUAUAAAUUAGUUGAUCAAUUAGACAAAACCCCGCCGCGUAAAUCUUGGUUUAAAAAUAAAAGCAAUCAGAGUGAGAAAUCAGCCGCACAGUCUUUUCUCACGCGUUUAGUGUCACGUUUAUCACCAGCUCAGUCGUCAUUUAAUAGCACACCUGUCGGCCGCCUUUCACAGUCGUUUUCAAAUUACCUUGAUAAACGCUCCGCGGAUGGGAAAUCAAGUCGACGAGCAAAUUCUCCGCUUAUACCUCGACGUGAAAGAACCUUCGAACAAAAUCCUCCCGGAUUUGACCAGCCAAUUUCCGUUUCUGAAUCUUGCAUUGCACACGCUGAAAGAGAGACGGAACGAUUUUCAAUCAGGGGAACGAAAAAUUUGGAAACAGCUACGGGAGUUGAUGCGGGACAUCAAGUGGACCAUCGACGACCCCAAGCCGAUAGAUCUGACGCAAGCCUUUUACACACUACAGUGUCUGACCCAUCUAGUGGAGAGCCAAACAACCCCGCCGACACCGAUUAUAUCGAAAAAGAGCAAGACGAUAUUGAAGGAGACGAAGGAGAUUUUUCUGACAUACACGAGGAGGAUCCUGACAUUUCAGCUAGGGCAAUAUCUGAGCUUGCGCACACUCGAAGAGUACGUUCCAAGGUAUCCAGCCGCCUUUUUGGGUUUCGUCAAGCGGGAAGAUAUAGCAAAUCGGGACGAAAGCGGGGACUAUCACGAAUUCUUACUAAAUCAAAUCGAGUUCAUGUUCGAUUUCUUACACGAAACGUUCGACACAUUUCAGAAGAUAUUUCUCGAGAACACACAGACUCUGAUUCAGUUCCUGAAGAAGCUCCACAAAAUCCAAUCGAUCAACAACUUUCAGCCGGAAUUAAUACGCCUUCAAUAUCGACUCAACAAUUUCCCAAGAAUCAAUUGGACGUGCGACAGAGAGGAGGUAGACGACAACAAAACACUAUUGGCAAAGACGAAACGGGAUCUUCAAAUCGUCCUCGAUUUCCUCCAAGCACCACCCCCACCGCGCCCAUCACAAAUAUCACGCCAGGCAGCAACCCCGUGCCACGCCCACUCCCAAACCCGCAGGGCCCAAAGAUACCGCCAACCCCGCAGGCACCUUCCAGACGACCGAGCAAGGGAAGGACCGUCUCAUUUCCAAUCUUUCCGCCAGUCAACCCCACUCCGACAAGUACACUAUCCGGCAGUCGAAGACGACACUCGCCACAACCUCCGCCACAUCAACGAACGGUUCAACCACGUCGUACGAUUUUAAAAGUUUUGAAGCCAACUAUACCGCUGCAGCCAACUAAACCAUUGACGCCAACUAUACCGUUGAAGCCAACUAAACCAUUGACGCCAACUAUACCGUUGCAGCCAACUAAACCAUUGACGCCAACUAUACCGUUGCAGCCAACUAAACCAUUGACGCCAACUAUACCGUGGAAGCCAACUCUACCGUUGCAGCCAACUACACCAUUGACGCCAACUAUACCGUGGAAGCCACCUACACUAUUGACGCCAACCAUACCUUUGACAUCGACUACGAGCGCACUAGCGGGGAAAAUGGCAGCUAAUAAUUUACAAUCUUCCGCGUAUCCAGCCCUUGCAGACUUUCAAAGGGACCUUCACAUAAGGGCUAAUUUACAAUCCUUACCGUCUUUUACUGGAAAUCCACUUUCACGAUUCGACACAUGGUUGGAAUCGUUCGAGUCAAUUAUAUCUCGCUCAGAUUUGUCAGAAGAUGACGUAAUACUAGAAUUACAAGGGAAACUAACCGAUAAAGCGCAUAAAGUAGUCUGUGAAUACUGCAACUAUCGAGGCCAUGUCAAAGAUGAAUGCAGGAGACUUAAACGCGACACACUAGAUGGCGCCAGACCACCCGUAUGUUAUGCCUGCAGAGAAAUUGGCCACAAAUCGAAUCAAUGCCCGAAUCCCCCUUCAUCGCAAUGGCCUAAUAAACCAGGCCCACCACAGCAGCAGGAAAACCAGUAA